AUGUCGACGCUUCUAAUUCAAAUAGAUGAGAAAUUGAUGUUUUUGGGCAUUCCAGAAGAAAAAAGCCCUCGCAUACGACACUUAUACAACAAUAAUAACUUUACUAACGAUCUCGCAGAUCAAUUGUUGUAUUCAAUUAUACGUCUUUGUUCAACAUUGCCAGGAAUAGUACUUCAUAAUACUUGUGUUGUUCUAGUCGUGGAUCUCUUUUUGAGUAAAAAGGAGAGAGUAUCUCUUUGUGAAGUUUUAUUUUCAAAUCUCAAAGUGAAAUCGAUUCUAUGGAUGUAUUCAGCCCUAACCGCAACAUUAAGUACCGGGUCCAAAGAUGCACUGGUCAUUGAUAUAGGGUGGUACGAAACAAAAAUUAUUCCUAUUGCCGAUUUGAAGAUACUUAGCAACUUAAUCCGUAUAUCUGAUAAAUGUAUUAUGUCGGUGAUAGAGCACAUGCACAAUUGCUUAGCACUUUGCGCGUCCUCGAAUUCAACACAUGCGUCUCAGCGUGAUCUUGUGCCUCUCCCAUUCCAAACCUUUCUUUCAUCCCUGCUCACAUCUACAGUUUAUUCCUUUCCUUCGGAGGAUGUUCCUCACACGAUGACAGCUCAAGAAAUCGUCCAUACUAUUCACAAUUCUCCAAUGAGCUCAAUGCCCUUCACAUCGAAACCAACUCAUCAGUGUCCUCCAGAGACAGUUCCUUUCUUUGAUAACAACAGCAAUAAUUAUAUCAAACUACCAUCUUGGAUAUCAAAUGUUUGUUUAGAAUCGCUUUUUCAAGGUACGGAUCGCUUGCAUUUAGACCUUGUAGAACAAGCCUUACCAAACCUUCUCGAACAAGUCAUUUGCUCUCUACCCCUUGAUCUCAGAAGGCCUUUAUCAAAAAAAAUAUUAAUCACAGGACCUUUGGCUUCUCUUCCGGGAAUGUCAGAACGUUGGCAAUCUGAGAUGGUCACUAGAGGAAUGGCUAUACAAUGUCUUCAUUCACAUAUACAAACCCCGUUUCUUGCGUGGUAUGGAGCUACUAUUUCGUGGAAAUCACAAAUGGGUAAUCCUAAAGGAAACAGUUCAUCUGCUUUUUCCAAACCUGCUUUUAAUAAUUUACCUCCAUCUCCUAUGCUCUUCUCCUAUUCCCAGUAUUCUCGUGGAUUACCCUUACCAGAAUGGUGGUUUCCCCAUAAUCAUGAAAGUGAACAGUCUCAGUAA